AUACUCAGUAUACGACUAGCAGUCCUCGAAGAGUCUUCCGACUCUAUCGGAACCCAACAGUUACGAUGAACCCACUAGAGCGAAUCGAGGAUUUUGUUAGACCACACUGUUCACACUGCUGGUUCACCCCUUCGCCCAUAGACAAGCCCGCAAAUGUGUCAACUUGCCAAGGAAUGCUCGCAUCUUCCCUCAAGAGAAACCUCCCAUCAGCAAUAUAUCGGCCACUAGUCCCACAGCUCGAGGAAUUUCGGCUGUUGAAUUUACACCCAUCUCCAGUCUUCUCUGCGCCCAUCCAAUGUAGCCUCAACCAUACGGCCUUCGCAAACCACCCGCCAUACGAGGCUCUUUCUUACGUCUGGGGUAAUCCAAACAGCACAGCUCGUAUCACUGUCAAUGGAAUGGGCCACGAUGUCACCGUCAAUCUAGCAGACGCAUUGCGCCAUCUCCGGAAGCCAGCACUGCCUUGUAUCUUGUGGGUAGAUGCCUUGUGUAUAUAUUCCUAUCGAACCGCAAUUAAACACCUCAUAACCUUGAGGUUCGAUCCUCAGUUUUUUGAGGGUUUUCAUUAUACGGAUUUGGCUAGUGUGAUCGGGUAAUAUAUUCUUUGUGUUCUUAAAUCUGAAAUCUAUCACUACGCUUUCUAUUUUCGCGUUGCCUUUCCUUUCCUUCCUGGAAUGGCUGCGCAUCCUUGCGUUUCCGCCGAUAAGGGGGCGGCGCAGCACAAGAUGCGAGCAGAUUGGAUGUUUGCGAUCUCGGACCUUGGUUUUUAUUGCAUGGUACCGCACACGUCUGAGCCAGGAGAGUUGAUUGCUGUGCUGCAUGGGGGAAAAGUUCCAAUGGUGAUACGACCAGUCGUAGACUGUGAUGGGAAAUCAUGUUAUGUAGUUGUCGGUCCGGCUUAUGUGCAUGGAUUCAUGGACGGACAGGCGGCGCUUUGGGCAGAUGUUGGAAAGGUCAAUGUAAUGAAUUUUGUGUUGACCUGAGGUCGAAAAGCGUUGAAAAUAUAAAACCUCGUUUUGCAAACUGG